UCCAGGUCUGAGCUGCUGCACUGACACCAGCGCUCUCUACCAUCCCUCUACAGCCUCCUCUCCUCUCUCCUUCCUCUCCUUCCUCUCCUCCUCUCUCCCCUUCCCGUGCUUCGUUUCCUCAGGAUGCUCCGAUCGCCGGUUGAUUUCCCCGGGAUGCUCUGAUCUCUCGGAGGAUGAUCUCGGUGGUCUCCACGGUGGAGAGCGCUCCCAGAGGAGCAGGCAGCCCCGCGCCGAGCCUCCUGCAGCGGCUCCGCAGGCUCCUCACCAGGGAGUUGCUGGUGACGCUGGCUCUGGGUCAGGUUCUGUCUCUGUUGGUCUGCGCCAUCGGUCUGACCAGUAAAUACCUCGCCGAUGACUUCCACGCCAACACCCCCGUGUUUCAGAGCUUCCUCAACUACAUCCUGCUGUUCCUGGUCUACACAACAACACUGGCUGUCAGACAAGGUGAGGGGAACCUUCUGGCCAUCCUGAAGCAGCGUUGGUGGAAGUACAUGAUUCUGGGUCUGAUCGACAUCGAGGCCAACUACCUGGUCCUGAAAGCGUACCAAUACACCACACUGUCCAGUGUGCAGCUGUUGGACUGUUUCGUCAUCCCCGUGGUGCUGCUGCUCUCUUGGUUCUUCCUAUUGGUCAGGUACAAGGCCGUCCACUUUGUGGGGGCGGGGCUGUGCCUACUGGGGGUUGGCUGCAUGGUGGGGGCCGACAUCCUGCUCGGGCGGCAGCAGGGUCUGGGAGAGCAGAAGAUGUUUGGCGAUCUGUUGGUUCUGGGCGGAGCCACGCUGUAUGGGAUCUCCAACGUGUGCGAGGAGUUCAUCGUGAAGAACCUGAGCCGGGUGGAGUUCCUGGGCAUGAUGGGACUGUUUGGAUCCUUCUUCAGCGGCAUCCAACUGGCCAUUGUGGAGCACAAGGAGCUGCUGAAGGUUCCCUGGGACUGGCAGAUAGGUCUGUUCUACGUGGGCUUCAGCACCUUCAUGUUCAGUCUGUACAGCUUCCUGCCCGUGGUGAUGAAGAGGACGAGCGCUGCUUCAGUCAACCUGUCCCUGCUCACCGCCGACCUCUACGGCCUCUUCUGCGGACUCUUCCUCUUCCACUACAAGUUCUCAGCUCUCUACCUGCUCUCCUUCGUCAUCAUCAUCCUCGGUCUGCUCCUCUACUCCUCCUCCUCCACCUACGUGGCCCAGGACCCCCGGGUCUACAAACAGUUCAGGAACACGGGCAGCCAGCCGGCCUUCGAGCGGCCCCCUCUCAGUCCUGGAGCCCCCGAGCCCUCGGUCACCUACACUAGCCUGGGCCCCGAGCCGGGGGAUGAGCUGCCUGUGAGGGUGGCCUGAAAGAACUGGAGGGGGGCGGGGGGUCAGUCUGGAGAGGACUGUUAUAGCGGCUGAUUGGAUCAUAUGUUGGAGGGGGCGGAGCCUCUACCUGCUCAGUAACCACAGACUGAUGUAGGAGAACACAGGAGCAGAGACUUUCACAGUGUGACACUCCAACAGGAAGUGACUAUCCUCCAUCAGUUUAGGAAUGUGACGGGGGGCGGAGCCUCUGAUCAAUACUGGAGAUCAAUGAUGUAAAUAAACAGGAGUAUUGAUAUUUUCUAAUAACCAGAUUUUUAUAUCUGCUGAUGUUUGUGCUGAAAACUCGUGUUUCAUCCUGACUGAUGAUCAAUAAGGCUAUCAAUCACUGAUCAAUAAGACCAUCAACCACCGAUCAAUAAUACGAUCAAUCACUGAUCAAUGACAGUAUUGAUUGAGAUCAAUACAAGAGAUCACUCACUGAUCAAUGACAGUAUUGAUUAUGAUAAAUAAGACUAUCAUCACUGAUCAAUGACAGCAUUGAUUGUGAUCAAUAACAUUGUCAAUCACUGAUCGAUGACAGUUUGAUUGUGAUAAAUAAGACAAUCAAUCACCGAUGAGUGACAGUAUUGAUUAUGAUCAAUAAGACUAUCAAUCACUGAUCAAUGACACUAUUGAUUAUGAUAAAUAAGACAAUCAAUUACUGAUCAGUGACAGUAUUGAUUGUGAUAAAUAAGAUGAUCAAUCACUGAUCAAUGACAGUACUGAUUGUGAUCAAUAAGAUGAUCAAUCACUGAUCAAUGACAGUCUUGAUUAUGAUCAAUAAGACUAUCAAUCACUGAUCAGUGACAGUAUUGAUUAUGAUAAAUAAGAUGAUCAAUUACUGAUCAGUGACAGUAUUGAUUGUGAUCAAUAAGAUGAUCAAUCACUGAUCAGUGACAGUAUUGAUUGUGAUCAAUAAGAUGAUCAAUCACUGAUCAAUGACAGCACUGAUUGUGAUCAAUAAGAUGAUCAAUCACUGAUCAAUGACAGUAUUAAUUGUGAUCAAUACAAGAGAUCACUCACUGAUCAAUGACAGUAUUAAUUAUGAUAAAUAAGACGAUCGAUUACUGAUCAGUGACAGUAUUGAUUGUGAUAAAUAUGAUGAUUAAUCACUGAUCAAUGACAUUACUGAUUGUGAUCAUUAAGAUGAUCAAUUACUGAUCAAUGACAGUAUUGAUUGUGAUCAAUAACAUUGUCAAUCACUGAUCGAUGACAGUUUGAUUGUGAUAAAUAAGACAAUCUAUCACCGAUGAGUGACAGUAUUGAUUAUGAUCAUUAAGAUGAUCAAUCACUGAUCAAUGACAGUAUUGAUUAUGAUAAAUAAGAUGAUCAAUCACUGAUCAGUGACAGUAUUGAUUGUGAUCAAUAACAUUGUCAAUCACUGAUCGAUGACAGUUUGAUUGUGAUAAAUAAGACAAUCAAUCACCGAUGAGUGACAGUAUUGAUUAUGAUCAUUAAGAUGAUCAAUCACUGAUCAAUGACAGUAUUGAUUAUGAUAAAUAAGAUGAUCAAUUACUGAUCAGUGACAGUAUUGAUUGUGAUCAAUAAGAUGAUCAAUCACUGAUCAGUGACAGUAUUGAUUAUGAUCAAUAAGAUGAUCAAUCACUGAUCAGUGACAGUAUUGAUUAUGAUCAAUAAGAUGAUCAAUCACUGAUCAGUGACAGUAUUGAUUAUGAUCAAUAAGAUGAUCAAUCACUGAUCAGUGACAGUAUUGAUUAUGAUCAAUAAGAUGAUCAAUCACUGAUCAGUGACAGUAUUGAUUAUGAUCAAUAAGAUGAUCAAUCACUGAUCAGUGACAGUACUGAUUGUGAUCAAUAAGAUGAUCAAUCACUGAUCAGUGACAGUACUGAUUGUGAUCAAUAAGAUGAUCAAUCACUGAUCAGUGACAGUAUUGAUUGUGAUCAAUAAGAUGAUCAAUCACUGAUCAGUGACAGUAUUGAUUGUGAUCAGUAAGAUGAUCCAUCACUGAUCAAUGACAUUACUGAUUGUGAUCAGUAAGAUGAUCAAUCACUGAUCAGUGACAAUACUGAUUGUGAUCAAUAAGAUAAUCAAUCACUGAUCAGUGACUGUAUUGAUUGUGAUCAAUAAGAUGAUCAAUCACUGAUCAAUGACAGCACUGAUUGUGAUCAAUAAGAUAAUCAAUCACUGAUCAGCGACAGUAUUGAUCCAUCCUGCAGCAGUGAGGCUGUAAUGUCUGCACCACUAAAGGCAGCCUCCUCUCUCCUGGAGUGUUUCUGUGUGAAUGUGUGUCCAUUCAUCCUGUUGAGCAUUCAUGAGGUCAGGCUCUGAUCCUUGACCAGAAGGCCUGGUUCACAAUCUCUGUCCCAGUUCAUCUCAAAGGUGCUGGAUGGGGUUGAGGUCAGGGCUCUGUGUGGGCCAGUCCAGUUCUUUCCAGUCCUAAUUUGGUCUCUGGGUCACAGUCACGCUAGAAUAGAAAAGGGCUUUCCUCAAACUGUUGCCUCACAGUUGGGAGCCUAGCACUGUCCCAAAUAUCUUGGUACGCUGAAGCGUCGACCUCCUAACCCUGAGCUUUUGUUUGGAAUUAAUUUUAAGUUUCUUUCUGAUUUGGGAUCAGAUGUCCCUGAAAAGUUUCAGCUUUAAAGUGGGCGUUCUCCUUCUUUUUCCUAUUGUAUGAAGUUUAAAACUUCAACCUGGUCUUUAAACAGGAAGUAGUUUAGAUGUCCACAAACCUCCUGAAGACCCUGUUUCUGCAGAAAAUCCAGACCUGGUUCGGUUUUGGAGCAUAUAAUUUGGCUGUGUGUUCAGUCAGAAAUGGUGUUGGAUGAGGAGCCCAUAUUUCUACUUAUUUUAUUUUUCCACAAAAAAAUCUCCAGAGAUUUCCAGGAAAUUUUCCUUUUCAAAAUCCACAUAGAUUUCCUAAAUUUAAAAAAACACAAGAAUUCUGAGAACAAUGUUAAACAAAUUAAAUACUUUCUAUUAAAAAUUCCAUAAAAAACCCACGCAAAUACCUGAAAAUUUACAAGCAAAUUCCCCAAAAUUUCAAAGUAAAUUCAGCGG